AUGGAAAAUAGCCUCUUGCAGUCGUUGUCAUCCGCGCACUGCAACAAUCUACGGAUGACCAACAUACGUCUCAAGGACAGCACCGACAAGAACAUGAUCCUGUACGAUUGCAGGCAGGUGCAGGUGCACAACGUCUCCAUCACGUCGCCUAGCGACAGCCCCAACACCAAUGGGAUCAACAUGGGCUCCUCCAACCAUGGAAGGUCCUCAGAACGAGAGGCCAUCAAGAUCAUGUGCAGAAAGAGCGUGCCGUGCCGCGGCAUCUACCUUGAAAACGUCGACCUCUCUUGGGCCAACCACAGUGCCCCAACACAAGCUGUUGUUCAGAAUGCCCAUGGAAGCGUCACGGGCACGGUGAAGCCACAAACACAGCUCGCUGGGAAUUGA